AUGUCUGCUAAAGCAAAUACAAGUUCUAAGAGACCAACUUAUGGAGAAAUGAUUCGUGAAGCUAUUAUUGUUUUGAAAGAUCGUAAAGGAAGUAGUCGACAAGCUAUCAAGAAAUAUAUUUCUAAUACGUAUAACAUCGAAGAUAAUUCUGUCUUUAAUUCAAGUUUUCGUAAAGCACUUAAUAAAGGUGUCGAUAAUGGAAUGUUUGAAUUUGUUAACGGUCCAAUGGGUACUAUCAAGCUCGUUAAAAAGGAAACUGACAAGAAAAAAGUUGAAAAACCUAAAGCUGCGUCUAAGGCUGAUGAAUCUUCUAAGAGAGCUAAAAUGAAAGUUCCUAAAUCUAAGACCACAAAAAAGACACCUACCGUAAAAGAUAAGAAAAGGGUUUCUAAAACUAGAGCUGUUAAAAAGCCUUCUACUUCGAAAACUCCUAAAAAGACUUCUACUGUUAGAAGGUCUUCGACAAGAACCACGAGAUCAAGUGGAAAAAAAUAA